UCGGAAGCUCGGAUCUCCAUUCGGAUCGUAGGCUUUGCGUCCCAGGGGAAGACUGAAGUCCUGGAAGGGAAAGGGACUUACCCAAGGUCACACUGCUCGAUCUGGGGGCCACCCGGCUGAACUGAGGGCUCCUGUGUGGAGUCUCCAGCCCAGGUGAAGUUCUGGGAGCUGGAGGCGCUUAGCCUCCAAUGCACCAUGUUCCCAGUACAGAGGCACAGACUUGGGGGCACACCUGAGGGCAGAACUAGGACCCAGAGGGUGCAGCAUCGCCAGCACUCAGAACCGUCCCACCAGGAGCCCGGAUGCUUGGAGAGGGAGUGAGUCCCCCAUCCCUGGAAGUGUUCCACAGAGGCUGAGUGGCAGACUUCUACUGGGCAAAGGGAGAGUGGACUGGAUACUCUAAAGCCCCAUCUCUGUGAGGUUUGAGUGGAGACCCAGCUCUGGGCCAGGCCGGUGGGAGCCGGGCACAUCCCAGGCCAAGGGGGCGGACCGUCCGGAGGGCCAUGGGGCGGAGGACUCAAAGGGGGCAGAAGCUGAAAGCCGCAGUCUUCGUGCCCUCCGUCGCCCAGUUUAAGGGGCACUGGAUUCUGCCUGGAACGGGACCAGCCCAGGGCCACGAAGCCGCUAGUCCCGGGACUCUCGGCCCUUCUUUCCGCGGACUCAGGCUCGGGCCACCCCACCCCCUGAGCCCCAUUGGCCAGUCUAGGCUUCAGGCAGGUCUCCCGGGCAACGGCAUCAACAGAGGGGGCGGUGGAGCAGGGCGACCGCGGAGAAGGCCAGAGGCCAUGGCGGGCCUCGCUCGGCCCUCGCACUACGGCCCCCUGGGCAGUCCCGUCGAGGGGCCCGGCGGUCGGAGGCCCCCGCGGCCGGACUGGCGACAACUCAGCAGCGGUGUGGGCGUCCCCCCCGGGUCGGGCAGCGUCGCUCCCUUCCCCCCGCCUAUAGUGCGGAGCACGGUCCCCGAGACCCUCCCGCCAGCGGCCGAGCAAGACUCCUGUCUCCUGGACUUCGAUGAGCUCCUCAACCGCUGGGAGACGACGUCGGGCGCUGCGUAUGUGCCCAAGACUCACGGGGACAUCUACGGGCAGCCCUCCUACCGGCUCACGCCCAUGAUCGAACGUGCGGUGGGGAUCAAGGACCUGGGAGAGAAGAUCGCGGCCCGGCCCUUCCGGCGCCCCUUGUCCAUGGCGUACCAGAAAAGCGAGACGCGCGACAAGUACCAAGGCUGGCCCAACCUGGGCCCCGAAACCAUCCUGAGGGUGGGCCCGCAGCCCUGGGAGCUGGCCGAUCACCACGCCCAGGGGCCCAGCCAGGCCAUGAUCCCCACCACCAAGAACCCGGUGCUGGCCGGGAAGCCCUUCCACAUCUCGGACCAGGGAGUGCUUGACCGCCAGCAGCCCUACAUGACCACGACGGCCCGAGCCCACCGCCUCUUCACCAAGAAGCAGCUGGGCAUCUGCCGCCCAAAGAGCGUGAAGAAGACCUUGCAGCAGAGCUGCGCCGAGCUCAACCGGAGGACGGUCAAGACUCUGCCCCGCGCCGUGGGCAUCAGCCAGACCCAGACCAGAGUCCCCCAUCGCGGGGCCCUGUCCCUGACCCAGGAGUCCUUCGUGGCCCCCCAGCACCCAAUGAGCCUGCCUGACCGCUUCUGCCCGCUGGAAGCUCCCUGGGUGGCCCAGAGGCAGGCCAUACCCAGCCUGCAGAACAUGCCCCACCUCUACCGGACCGAAAGCUCCCGCUACGGCAGCCUGAAGCCCACCUUCGUCUGAACU